AUGGUCCGGAUGUUUGGGCCAUUUAUGGCCCCCGUGGGCGCGGGCGGGUGCCUCAAGGGCUCGCGGACGUUUGCCGUGAUCGCCGGCAGGCCCUCGGUGAAAAGGCUGCCUGGAAGAAGGGCAAUGGUGGCCACGCUUGCCACUGGUUUGAGGCGCAACCCCAAGGGGGUGGCCGGAAAGGGCGGUGCCCGCAGGGGUGCGGAUGUGAGUACGUCGUCCGGGCUGAGGGAAGUGCCCGGAAUCGGGCCCAAGAACGAGGCGCUGCUGAUGGCCAAGGGGAUAGACAGCAUCCCGGCGCUGAACUCGAUGUUCCGAACGCAGUUGGACCGGGACGAGGACAAGCUGACGGAGUUCCUGAGGCAGGACGUGGGCAUUCGGCACCGCGGGCACUGCGCGUCGAUCGCGUCGUACAUAGCCAACGCCAGCAGCAAGGAGCGCGUGACGUUCAGCGUGGAGGGGAACAUAAGCGCGGGGAAGAGCACGUUCCUGAGCAACCUGCUGGACACGCCCAUGGAGCUCAGGGACCUUGUGGAGGUUGUGCAUGAACCUGUGGACAUGUGGCAGAAAGUUGGAGACGACGCCAACUACAACUUUCUCGAUCGCUACUAUUCCGACCCAAAGAGGUUUGCCUACGAGUUUCAGAACUACGUCUUCCUCACAAGACUGAAGCAGAACCACCAGAGUUAUGAUGGGGAAAAACCCCUGAGGCUUCUGGAGCGUUCGGUCUUCAGCGACCGCCUUGUUUUUGUGCGCGCUGUGCAUGAGGCGAAGUGGAUGGACGACUUCCACCUGAAACUGUAUGAUGCCUGGUUCCAGCCCUUCCUACGCGAAGUACCGGGGCUGGUGCCUGAUGGGUUCAUCUACCUGCGUGCGGACCCAUCGACUUGCCUGGACAGACUGAGGCGGAGGUCGCGAAGGGAAGAGGUGGGCGUGGACUUGAGCUACCUGGAGGGCCUGCACGUGAAGCACGAGGACUGGUUCUACCAGGAGAAGGUGCCAAAGCGAGAAGCCAUCGAGACGAGGAGCAUUCUGUACCCCAGAAGCCAGGGCUCUGAGGCGCAGAUCGUGCGUGCGCCAGAGCCGCCAGACCUGCCAGCUCUGCCAAAGGAGUUGGAGGGAUCUGUGAUUUGGCUUGGAGGAAAGGGUGUGCUGAGUGCUGAGCCACUGAACGACCAGAACAAUGUUCCAAAUGAGUUGAAGGCAGCGAUCUCGAGCAUCCCUGCACUCGUGCUGGACUGCAACGAAGAUUUUGAUGUUGAACGUGACAUUGACAGGAAGAAGCAGUACGCCUCCACUGUGUCUGCAUAUUUUGACUAUGUAAAGGCGUGCAUGGCUGCUCGCAAGGCAGGGGCAGGAGACAGAACGUUUUAUCGCCAACAUGAAAGCGAGGCUUUGCGAAGAAAAUGGGAUUUUGUCAACAACACACCCGCCCAAGUUCUCCAGGAAUUGCAAGGAAGAAGGGGCCCUGCUGGACUGACUGCCUCACAGCAUGACAGAGGUGCCACCCCCUUCUCAGAAGAAUGGAAGGCUUUGCGAGAAGUGGCUUGA